ACACUCAACAGAAACAAUUAUAAUUUCCAUAUUAUUCUCUCGAGCUUAUCGUCGUCUUCUUCAUGAGAGCUUUAGUUUCUGUUCAACAUCAAUUCUCAAAUUCUUCUAAUAUGAAAUUUAUGCGUCAAUCGAUUGGAUCCACUGCUUCAACAAUUUCAGCUCAGAAAGCUAUUCCGGUGAAGUCAAAUCCGGUGAUUCUAGCUUCGCGUAGCUCCGUUGAUGCAGAUUCUCCGGUUUCAGUCCAUACGCCUUUCUUCAAUGAAUUAGUUGUGCGAAAAUCGACUCGAUCCACCGCUUCGACAGAUUCGACUCCGAUUUCUCCUCCAGUUGUUGUCAAUCAGGCCUCUGGAGCAUCGCGAGCUGUCACAUCUGCGGGAUCUCUGGAUCUAGUCCAAUCGCGUUCGUUCAUUCAACCGGAUCGAUUCCGGAUAUCUCUCGGUUGUUCCACUGAUCGUUCUACAGCUGCUUCGAUGGUGAUUGCUCACAAGGUUGGGCGUUGCGCUGGUAAAGCAAGCUUGUAUGCUUGGAACUAUUUCAUUUCUGAAGAUUUUUCUUCGGAUCUAAUGCGAUCAACUUCUGUGAUUGUGAAUGAUCUCAUGACUGAUUUUGAGAUAGAUUUAGAUAUGUUGUUUCCUGGUUUGGUUGAGCUUAUUGCUUCAACGGGAAUGAUUCUUGUCAAUGACAAGAUAUUUGGAGACCAUUCAUGGUUAGAUUUGAAGGUAGAGCUUAUGCUGCUCUACGGAUAUCUUCCACGGCCACCUGAGAGUUAUUUCACCUUUUGUUCCUCCCACAGAUUCACUGACUUGGUCUGUAGUUGCAUUAUGCUCUUAGAAUCUCUGGCUUGUGAUGUAGAUUUCAUAAUGUUGAUGAACUUAGGAGGAUUGCAAGUGAUAGCUCCUCUUGCUAAUGGUUCAUUUAGUGACUUCUAUACCAUUGGAGAUGCUGCAUCGGUUCAGCAUUUAAACCUCUGGUUUUGUUUAAUCACUCUUGCCAAGAAACAUGCUUAUGCAACAGUUGAUUUCGGGAUGAAGUAUAGCAAGAUGAUAGCAAGUACUACAAGAAAACCUGCAAUUUGGGACUCCUUGUUGUGACUAUUUAUUUGGUCGCAAAAAAGAGCGACUAUUUUG